UCAUACUUUAUUAUGUAUUUCUUAAAGAGCAACAUAUUAUAUACGGAGAACUUGUGCUUCAACUGUAUUUUGUCACACAGUACAUUUCUCUUCGUUUUCCUCUCUUGCUCUUGAGGUUUGCAUCUAUGGCGCAGCAAGAAAAAUUCCUCAAUGCUCAAUCGAAGAAACCGUCAGCUUCAUCGCCCCCACUUCCUUGGAGAACUCGUAUUGCACUAUCUGUCAUCUCCACCUUUACCGAUUAUUCUCGCCGUCAAAACGGCACUGUCAACCGCCGCCUCCUCGGUUUCUUCACCCUCAAAACUCCGGCCAAUCCCGAUCCAGUUAACGGUGUUAAGUCCUCCGACGUCACCGUCGAUCCUUCCCGCCAUCUCUGGUUCCGUCUCUUCGUUCCCACCACCGAUGAAUCCCUGAAAAUGAGUACACUUCCGAUCAUCGUCUUCUUCCACGGCGGAGGGUUUGUGUACCUCAGCGCGGAUGGGAUGGCGUACGACGCCGUUUGCCGCCGUUUUGCCAGGAAAAUCCCGGCCGUCGUUGUCUCCGUUAACUAUCGUCUGGCGCCGGAAUACCGGUAUCCUGCGCAGUACGACGAUGGAUUUGAUGUGCUGAAGUUCCUUGACGACGAGAAGAACCGGGGGAUCUUACCGGGAAACGUGAAUCUAUCAUGCUGCUUCGUCGCCGGAGAUAGUGCCGGAGGGAACCUCGCUCAUCACAUGGCUAAAAGAGCGUCGGAAUCAACGUCCACCUUCAAAACACUCAAGGUAAUUGGACUGGUGGCCAUACAACCAUUUUUCGGAGGUGAGGAACGAACUGAAGCAGAAGCAAGACUAGCAAAGAUUGACCCAUUGAUAUCAGUGACUCGAACGGACUGGACAUGGAAGGCAUUCCUGCCACCAGGUGAAGGGAUGGACCGGGACCACGAGGCUAUCAAUGUUAGCGGCCCAAGGGCCGCUGACAUAUCAAAGCUGGAUUUUCCGGCAACGGUGGUAGUUGUGGGUGGUUUUGAUUCCCUUCAAGAUUGGCAAAGGAGGUACUACGAGUGGUUAAAGAAGUCAGGCAAAGAAGUCUACAUGUUAGAGUAUCCAACCAUGGUGCAUGCUUUCUACAUUUUCCCAGAGCUACCUGAAUCUACACACUUAAUUUCUGAGAUUAAGGACUUCAUUCAUAAGCAAUGCUCUAAGUUGUGAAGAAUUGAUGUGCCAUGAUAUAUUGUUUCUUCACCAAUCUGAAUAUCAAAUCAUGUGCAGUAAUUAUCGAGUUCUCAUGGAGCUAAACAAGAAGGGGAUAUAUAUUAUAUAUGAGAAUAUACAUGUUAUUGGUACUCUUAUUGUUGGCACUCAUAUUGUUAUGACAUUCUAGUUAAUUGUUGGUACUUCAUUUCCUCCAGACCCCCUACCCCCCUUACCCUCCUGGUCUGGAAAUUCAUAUGUUAUGUCUAUAUUCAACUUACUUUUGUUUUUUUUUCCCGGAAUAAUACAUAAUUACCCCUGGGAUUGUCUCGUUUUA